AUGAGCGAAAGAAGAAUUGCGAAAGAUAAAGGUCUGGUCCAACCAGAUGGGGAGCCGCUGGCCAGCGAGUUUGUUCCUCGAAGCUUCGGGGUUGUCCAGAAGAUAUCAGAAGAGGAACACUGGGAGACCUGGAACUCUCUGACUCUAACAUGGGACUCACAGAGCCCCGACCGAAAGGAGACCAACCACACGGUCCCCUUCAGCCUGGUGGCGCCGGGGGGCCCCACCACCGCCGGUGGGAGCGACGGUGACGUCAACGUGAAGGUCCAGAACCCCCUGGAGGCCACGGGCCUGGACCUGGACCCGGUCAACAUCCAAAGCAGCUGCGUCAUAGAGGGGGGCUUGUCGGCUGCAACCCCUCAGGAUCUGAGCGACUUGAGGGUCUUCUACAAGUCAAGGACAGAGGCGAUGCUGCGGGUCGGCACCACCGUCACGGGCUUCGGGGAGCUGGUCCUGGAUGCUGACCCGGAGGCGGGGGGGAGGGUGAUGAGGCUACAGGCGCCGCAGGACGGCCGUCCGUACGUCCUGCUGCGUACUGACUACAAGAGCUACGUGGAGCGGCACGAGACCUCCGCCUCCAUGUGGAAGACGCUGGCGGUGGGGUGCGGCGCCGUCGGAACCGUCUGUUUGGCGGAAACCCUCUACUGCCUCCUCCAGAAACACAAUGAUAAACGAUAAAUAGUCCGUGAUUUCUUUUUAAUGAUCUGCCUUUUGCGGGUAAACUCGGCCAAAACGGUGUGUGGGAGCCGUGGCGGGUUGUUGAAAUUAGUUGGAUGGACCAGUUGAUGUAAACAAUUAAUAAGAGAUUCCAGGUGAGAAUGGCUUUGUCUGAGGUCAACUGUGGAUUACCCCGGCCAGGGGAAAGGGUUCAACUGCCAUUGUAUGCACCCACACAUUGUUGUAAGGCUUUGGAUAAUAGCGCACACUAAAUGACAUUCAUUAGUUAUAAUGGCAACCAAAAUGAUUUAAACCUUGAUAAUACUGUCUGUAUUCAUUCCUUUCCUCAUACCUAAUCCCCCAUAAAUAAAUCACUAGGAUCCCA